AAGAAGAACUAGAGGACAUGAAGAAGAAACACGAUGAUGAAGUCAGAGCACAAGAAGAGGAACUGAAUAGUUUCAGAGAGAAAGUAGAUCAACAGGUUAAAGAGCUCAAGGAGAAGAUAGAUAAAUGCUAUGAUGAGGAAAAAGAAAGAAGGAAAAGCACAUGUCAUGUCAUGUGAAGCAUUUUUGAAAUAUUUGGGGAAUCGAGCCCUUCUUAUGGCUGAAAUCCUGCUUGAAUUUGGCAACCACAAACACCUUUCGUUCCACAGACGGUUUUUUUUGCACUCUUCUCUUUAAUUUGUUAUAACUUUUGUGUUUUUGUUCAGUUUUUGAGCUUUCAUUUAUGAAGGAAACGCCUACUUGACUACAUCCAAUCGUUUCGCGGUACAAAAAAGACCCUAUUUUAAGUAUGUCUCAAGACGGAAAUAAAAUCGGUCGCAAACUUCCAGUUCACUCAAACUUUAAUCGAAUCGACUAUAACUCAAAGUCUUACGUAAAAGCAAUACAUUAAGAAUUACACCCGUUUUGUAGUAGCUUGAUGCUCGUUGUACCUCUAAUUAUCUUUUAUCAUGUAGUCUAUUUUUGUAAAAAUUAUAGAUAGGUGGUGUUUCUGGUGUAGAACAAAACUUUGUUUAUCGUAAUUUAGAUGUGACAUCCAUACAAGAAACAAUCUAAGGAAUAACGCAUUGCUGGUCGGCGCCACCUAGCAUGCUGGCGUGAAUUAGCAUUCGUUUCGCGCUCGGUUCGUUUGCGUUUCACCUCGCUUUUUCGCAUCGCGCUAAGCGUGGAAAGGCCUCAACUGUGGACAGAGCUUAAGCAACGUUAGCCAGCGCCACAGAGGACACUAUCAGCGACACUAUGCCUAAUUUAAUUUGUCAGCGCAAGCUAAAGCUAAUGUUAGAACAGCUAACGCUUAACUUACCGAAAUAAAGUGCUCACUACACAGUCACUGUUUUCCCAAUUUGUUCUGCAGAAAACCUGGUUCGAUCUGUCCAGUAGAUAAACAGCUUCUGCUAGAUGUUUGUGGUCUCUCUGUGUGUGUGUGUGUGUGUAGUAGUUUUUAUUUUCUCUCCUAGCAUGUUAAACUGCCUGUGCGCACUGAUAGUAAAGUAUUUUAUGCUGUGCAAGUUAGAAUUACCACAAAAGUCAAGAUAAGAGCUCUGUAUGACUUUUAAUAGCUUUUUAUGUUUGCAUCAUAUGAGAAGCAUACAUCAGAAGCAACAUCAGCGUGAUUGCAUAUGCGAUACUGAUAUUAUGCAACAGUUCAACAGACAAGAAGAUAUAAAAAGUUAUGUUUUAGGCACAAUGUUGUCUGUUUUUGCACAGUGGAUAUUAUAUAAAUCAGACAGAUGUGAUGUGUGACUGAAUUAAUCUGUAUUUUUGAAAAAGUCAUGUCAAUGAUUUAAUGACCAAUCAUUAAACACAUGAAUCAGUAAACCUUUUGAACAAAUCGUUUGAGCGAAUUAUUCAGUGACGACCUGCCUCCACACACUGGAUACUUAGUUUUGUAAAGUAUCAUUAUUUUAAUUUUUUUCAAUAUUCUCCAAGUCGUGUGCAAAACAUCAAUCUCAAAGCAUUAUUUAUGCAUUUAUGCAAGAUCGGCCAAGAUUAUCAUGAUGAUAAUGGAGACGGAAACUGUGACGACCAGAUAAACAUCACAGUUCAGUUCAGAGUGUUUCCAGACCUUUCAAAGAUCACUGUUGUGGGGUUUUGAGUGAAACCGUGUUUCUCAAAUUAGUUUUGUUGGGUUUGUGGCAUCUGGAUGGUGAGUCUGAAACUUGUUUUUAUGAGAUUAACGUUCACUGUUAUGCUCAUAUCGCCAUAACAUUAAUCUGAGAACAACUUUGAAUUGACGUUAUUCGGGGUAAUCGAUUCAAUCGCGAACAACGUUAAUGUUAGUUGUUAGUUCAAUGUAAAACUUAAAUCUUUGCUUGCAUCUUUGUCUUUGUACGGCUGUAGAAUAUUAUUCACUGCACUUUUAAAUAAUUGUAAGUAUUUUAGUGAAAAAACAAGACUUUUAAAGCUUUUCUGUGAACAAAAUGUUCUUCAGGAGUGUUUGGUGAUGAUGAAGUGAGGUCAGUGUCUGUGAAGGAGGGACAAUCAGUCACUCUGAACUCUGAUCUUACUGAAAUGAAGGAUGAUGAUCUGAUUCAGUGGAGAUUUUAUGAUACUUUAUUGACUGAAAUCAGUAAACAGAGAGGCAGAUUCGUUGUAUAUGACGACGUUCUUGACGGGAGAUUCAGAGACAGACUGAAGCUGGACAAUCAAACCGGAUCUCUGACCAUCAUGAACACCACAACUGAAGAUACUGGACAUUAUAAACUACAGAUCAACAGUGUCAUCAAGUAUAUUAUUCUUACUGUCUAUGGUGUACUGAAGUCACUGUUAGUGAAGGAGGGAGAUUCAGUCACUAUAAACUCUGGUCUUACUGAAAUGACGGACAAUGAUGUGAUUCAGUGGAGGUUUUUUUUUAAUGAUUUCACUUUAAUCGCUGAAGUAGACGUCAAAGCCAACAGCAUGACUGUAUAUGAUGAUGUUCUUGACGGGAGAUUCAGAGACAGACUGAAGCUGGACGAUCAAACCGGAUCUCUGACCAUCACGAACAUCAGAAACACAGACUCUGGACUUUAUGAACUUUACAGCGGAUAUGUGACUUUUGUUUUCUUUCUCAGUGUCCAUAAUGAGAUAUCAGUGAUGGAGGGAGAUUCAGUCACUCUCAACUCUAAACUGACUAACAAAGUGGGUGAUGAUGAGAUUCAGUGGUUUGUAAAUGAAAGCAUUUUAUGUGCUGAAAACAAUAAAUUGGCCGGCAGAUUCACUGUGUAUGAUGAUGUUCUUGACGGGAGAUUCAGAGACAGACUGAAGCUGAAGAAACGAACCGGAUCUCUGACCAUCAUGAACAUCACAAUGCAACAUGCCGGAUAUUAUAAACGACAGACCAACAAACUGACUGAGAGUUAUAGACUCAUUGUCAGUGCUUCCCUGCCUGUUCCUGUCAUCAGCACAGACUGUCCCUCAUCAUCCUCAUCACCCUCAUCAUCAUCAGGAUCUCAUCUAAAUCCCAUCAGAAACCAGACUCAACAUCUGGAGCACACGUGUUCAGACUCUGAACACUGCUGUGGUUUUACUGAAGCUGUGAUCCGAUUGGUCCUCUCCGCUCUGGUGGGCGUGGCUACUGUCCUUCUUCUGGUUUAUGACAUCAGAUCCAGAAGAGCUUGACGAGAUCAAACACAUAUUCACACACCAGGUACUUCACCAUUUAUAUAUUUUCUCAUUAAACUGUUUAGUUCAGUAUUUAUUAGCAUUUUAAUUUAUUUAUAAUGGUUUUGUAUAUUCACAUACUGGUACAUUUGUUUAUUUUAGGUGAUUCUUUUGCACUCUUGAAGAUGAUUUGAGAACAAACGGCAAUGCGUUCUCUCAUUUACCAUUUAAAAAAAUGUGAGAGUUUGACAUAAUACAUGCUUAUGAUUAGCAAACAUUUCAUUGCUUAUUGUAGAUUAUCAUGUCUUCAGUCUAUGUUUCCCUUUCUUGGUUUUUGAGGACUCUUAUUUUGAAGUGUCUGUCCCCCAUUGUUUCUGUGUUCCCUUCUUCCUUUGCUCACCUGGUUAGUUUCUUUAUUAACGAUUAACUCCUCCCCCUUGUUACCUCGUUAUCGUGUCUAUAUAAAAUCCAUUCACUUCCUGCUCAAUCUGCAUUUAGCACUCUCCCAGCGCUAGAGGCCUUACCAUGCUGUGUUGUGGGCCAUUUGCCAUUUGCCAUUUGCCAUUUGCCAUUUGCCAUUUGCCAUUUGCCAUUUGCCAUUUGCCAUUUGCAUGUUCUUUCCUUUAUCAAUAAAUGAGCUGGUCCUAGAGCUCUAUGCAGCUCUAGGCUGAAACUCUGGUUGUUUGGGGCAAACAAGCUCCAUUUUUUUAUUUAACUUUUAGAUACACAAUUCCCUGUUGGGGCUACACUUUGUUCCACCAACAACUCCACAACGUUUCUACUGAUAACAUUUUUAAAAAGUUUAGCAAUUGCAGAUGAAUUGCAAUUUCAGAAGGAAACGUUCUACUAAUGUUAUGCAAGAAUGCUAACUUUGAGAGAACCUUUGAAG